GGCCCAAGCGGAUUUGCUAAACCACCCCGCAGUCACUCAUCAUCACCCUCAUCAGUCUCAGUCUCACCACGGCGGUCUUACUCUGCCACUUCUAUUGCUACUGCCACCCUCACUUCGAAAACAACAACUUCCACUUCUCAACGCCCUCUUUUGACCCAGCGAACAGCUCGCCUAGCAACUCGUCCACCAGUCCGGCACUGCUCAUACCGCCGUCACAACAUGUGCAGAACUCACGCCCAAGCCGAUGUGGCUAGUGGGGUCAAUGUGGCAGCUCGUGAGCUGCUCCCCACCAACGUCAUCCCACGGCACUAUCAUGUUACUCUCGAGCCCAACUUCAAGGACUUCACCUUCGACGGCACUGUCGUGAUUGACCUCGAUGUGGCCGAGGACUCCAAGUCCAUUUCCCUUCAUACCCUUGAGCUUGACGUGCACAGUGCCACUGUCAGCUCCGAGGGGCAGACUGUCAGCUCCUCGCCCAAGAUCUCAUACAAUGAGACCACCCAAGUCACCACGUUUGACUUUGACAAUGAAGUCCCCAAAGGCAAGAAGGCCCAGCUUGAGAUCAAGUUCACUGGUCAGCUGAACGACAAGAUGGCCGGUUUCUACCGUUCGACUUACAAGAAGGAGGACGGCUCCCAGGGUCUUCUUGCCGUCAGCCAGAUGGAACCUACCGAUGCUCGCCGCUCUUUCCCUUGCUUUGACGAGCCUUCACUCAAGGCCGAGUUCACAGUCACACUCAUUGCCGACAAGAACUUGACCUGCCUCAGCAACAUGGAUGUUUCUGGCGAGACAGAGGUUCAGUCGAAGCAGACCAAUGCCGCCAAGAAGGCCGUCACCUUCAACAAGUCACCACUCAUGUCCACAUACCUUGUGGCUUUUGUUGUUGGUGAGCUGAACUACAUCGAGACCAACGAGUUCCGUGUCCCCGUCCGUGUGUAUGCUCCCCCUGGCCAAGAUAUUGAGCAUGGUCGCUUCUCACUCAACCUCGCUGCCAAGACUCUCGCGUUCUAUGAGAAGGUCUUUGGCAUCGAGUUCCCCUUGCCCAAGAUGGACCAGAUCGCUAUCCCCGAUUUCGCCCAGGGCGCCAUGGAGAACUGGGGUCUGGUGACGUACCGUGUUGUCGAUUUGCUGCUGGAUGAAAAGGCCAGUGGCGCGGCGACCAAGGAGCGUGUUGCUGAGGUUGUUCAGCACGAGCUGGCUCACCAAUGGUUUGGUAACCUUGUCACUAUGGAUUGGUGGGAUGGCUUGUGGCUCAACGAGGGCUUCGCUACCUGGGCCUCGUGGUAUUCCUGCAACAUCUUCUACCCCGAGUGGAAGGUCUGGGAGACGUAUGUUGUCGACAACCUUCAGCGCGCCCUGUCUUUGGACUCCCUCCGCAGCAGUCACCCCAUUGAGGUGCCUGUCAAGCGAGCCGACGAGAUCAACCAGAUCUUCGAUGCCAUUUCUUACUCCAAGGGCUCUUGCGUCCUGCGCAUGAUCUCAACCUACCUUGGCGAAGAUACCUUCCUGGAGGGUGUCAGACGUUAUCUCAAGAAGCACGCCUACGGCAACACCCAGACCGGAGACCUCUGGGCGUCUCUUGCUGAGGCCAGCGGAAAGGGCGUCGAGGAUGUUAUGCAGGUGUGGACCAAGAACAUCGGCUACCCUGUUGUGACCGUCGAGGAGAAGGGCGACAACACCGUCAAGCUGAAGCAGAACCGCUUCCUGCGCACUGGCGACACCAAGCCCGAAGAGGACAAGGUCAUCUAUCCCGUCUUCUUGGGUCUCCGCACCAAGGAUGGUAUUGACGAGUCGCAAACUUUGAGCAAGCGUGAGGACACCUUCAAGGUGCCCAACAACGACUUUUUCAAGCUCAACGCCAACCACACCGGUCUGUACCGCACCUCUUACUCCCCUGAGCGUCUCGCCAAGCUUGGCGAGGCUGCCAAGAACGGUCUUCUCAGCGUGGAGGACCGCGCCGGUAUGAUUGCCGAUGCCGGUGCUUUGGCUACCUCUGGCUACCAAAAGACGUCUGGAGUCCUGAAUCUCCUCAAGGGAUUCGAGACGGAGACCGAGUUCGUUGUCUGGAACGAGAUCAUUGGUCGUGUUGCCUCAGUUCAGAGUGCCUGGAUGUUCGAGGACAAGGCUGUCCGCGACGGCCUGGAGGCUUUCCUGCGCGAACUUGUUAGUGCUAAGGCGCACCAACUUGGCUGGGAAUUCUCCGAGAAGGAUGGUCAUAUUGAGCAGCAGUUCAAGGCUAUGCUCUUCGGAAGUGCUGGUCUGUCCGGGGACCAGAAGAUCAUCGAUACGGCCAAGGAGAUGUUCAAGAAGUACAUGGCCGGUGACCGGUCUGCUGUGCACCCCAACAUUAGGGGCAGCGUCUUUAGUAUGGCGCUGAAGCACGGUGGCAAGGAGGAGUACGACGCCGUCCUCGACUUCUACCGCAAGUCUACCAACAGUGAUGAGCGCAACACUGCCCUGCGCUGCCUCGGCCGUGCCAAAGAUCCCGAGCUGAUCAAGAGAACUUUGGAUCUCCUGUUCAGCGGUGAGGUCAAGGACCAGGAUAUCUAUAUGCCGACUGCUGGUCUGCGUAGCCAUCCCGAGGGUAUCGAGGCCUUGUAUGAGUGGAUGACGCAGAACUGGGAGAAGCUUGUCGAGAAGCUCCCUCCUGCGCUGUCUAUGCUCGGUACCAUGGUGACUAUCUUCACGUCUAGCUUCACGAAGAAGGAGCAGCUUGCCAAGGUUGAGCAGUUCUUCGCUGACAAGAGCACCAACGGAUUCGACCAGUCUCUUGCGCAGAGCCUGGACGCCAUUCGCUCCAAGAUCUCCUGGGUCGAGCGCGACCGUGAGGAUGUCGCUGCUUGGGUGAAGGAGAACACGAAGAGUUCGUAA